AGUCCAGCAGCCAGUCGCAGCCAUGCAGGUCGCCGCGCUGCUCAUCUGUCUGCUGCUGACCGCGCUGACGUCACAGGUUCAGGCGCAGCCCGAGCGCUGGGAGUUAAACUGGAGGGAAAAGGAUCCAGAGGACACAAUUUUCACUUCAUCUGGGGAUGGUGUGUCAAAUGCUGAAAUUUAUGUAAGACCAGAAGUGCUACAACUGUUACAUCUUAGGAACAGACCCAUAAAAAAACACUUCAAUACUGUGCCAGCAUGGGUGCUAGGAAGUGAACAAGCAAAAUCAUCAGUGGUAAUUCUGCUGCCUGAAGGCUCAGCAGACAAUGAACAGGUUUUUUGAUGUUCAGAUGGGCAAUGGAAUUUAUUCUUUCAAAAAUUGUGUCAAUAGGAAAUAAAUAUCAAGAACAACAGAAAUUUACAGUACCUUAAAGAAAUAAUAUGUUGCCAUUGAGCAGCUAUAUGUAAUAGGAAUAAUGCACAGAAUAACAGAAAUCAGACUGAAACA